GGGACUACGGCCUCAAACUAUCUACUCUGACCAAGAUGCUUGUAAAUGCCGGGGGAUUCUCAUUCUGGACAGAUAAGAAAAAUUGAUGAAGGUGUCCUCUCUGUGCCUGAAUGUGAUGGCAUGGUUGAUCCAUUGAGAAGCGAAGCAAAUAUUGGGUUUUAGGCUCUAUAACGGAGAAGUGGAAAAUGUGAUAGGAUGCAGGGAUUGGUACUGUUGAAAUCGGAGUUCCAAGGCAUUUCUCCAGUUCUUACGAACUCGUCAUCGUCACCACCAUUAUCAUCAGCCAGGGAUGCUCCGUAAUCAUUUCACGAGAAGCGGACUGGAUUGGCAUUCUUAUUAUUACCUGCCACCUUGCAACCAGUAACCUUGAUCUGUCUGGAAGCUUCGGUGUGAUCUCAGCCCUGGCUGUAUUGCUGCUCUUCCACCUUGGGGGUUUCCUCAGCAAUAACACAUUUCAGUGAUGGACCAUGAUGUCAAGUAUUGGACUACAAAUGAAUCUUGAAAGAAGGCUUGUGCCUUCAUUGUAAUGUGUGUGUACGCCUUGCUUUCUUCGAUGAUACAUCAUCACACGUAAUCAACUGAUCAACAAGUCAUCAACGGACCAUCAUUUAAAAAGGCUGGCUGUUGUUCAUUUGUUAAAGCCGCCCCUUAGAGAUCCCAGAUGGCCGCUGCAUCCAGCAGGUGCCUACUGGGAGUGGCAGAUCAUGUGCCGUUGGUUUUCUCCAAGGAGAAACACCAUCCAAGGCUACGAUUGGUAGAAAACCCUCAGCUGUGGUUCCUACCAUUGUGUGGACAGUCUUUGAUGCGACUGUCCUGCGGGUCGGGGCUCUGUACCAGCUUUGGUGUUCAGUCACCCCCCAAAACGGUCCGUAAGGAACUGUGUCUAGCUAUCGAGAGGUUUGUGAAAGGCUGUGCCCCUGCACUUCUGGCAGAUUGCCACACCGCGAGCUGUCGGAGCUGCACUUCGCGUUGCAAGAACCAACGUCUAAAGGUGUUGGCUGAGGCUUCUCCAUCCAGACGUCAGGGUCAUCGGGGGGCGGCCAUGGCCUCAUCACAAACCCUGGUUGGGAAACCUUUGGACACAAGCAUUGCUGAAGCUGAACAAGGCGAAAAGAGAGUAGUGGACUCAGCAAUUCUGUGGAGGCGAGCAUUGCCUCCUAUCAAGGAGGCGAAGCGUGUGGUUCUUGUCCGGCACGGGCAGAGCACGUGGAACCAUGCUGGACGUAUACAGGGCAGUUCCAACUUCUCAGUCUUAACAGACAAGGGGAAAAUACAGGCUGCAACUAGCAGGCAAAUGCUUUCUGAUGCAGCAUUCGAUGCUUGCUUUUUCAGCCCGCUUGCACGAGCCAAGGAGACGGCUGAGAUCAUUUGGGGAGAGCGCGAUGCCCCUGCAUACCCCAUCCAUGACCUUCGAGAAAUCGACCUUUAUGCAUUCGAGGGAUUGUACAAGCAGGAGGGCAAAGACCGAUUUGGCGACGCGUACCGAAUGUGGCAAAGAGAUGCUAAAAACUUUGUGAUCGACGACCACUUUCCGGUGCGAGAAUUAUGGGAUCGUGCUCGCCAGUGCUGGGAUACUAUUUUGCUCAGUGAAUAUCGUUCCAUUCUUGUAGUGGCCCAUAACGCAGUGAAUCAGGCAUUGAUUGCAACUGCUAUGGGACUAGGACCAGAGUACUUCCGGCAGCUUCUGCAGAGCAACUGCGGUGUUAGCGUUUUGGACUUCAAGAGCAGAGAUAAUAUAAAUUCUUCUUCUGAUGAACCAGUCUUCUCUGGCCCUCCUUACGUAUGUCUGGACCGGCUGAAUCAGACACCCAGUCCUCCUAUUGCUGUUCGACAGUCCGGAGGCCGGAACUCAGGCCACCGACUGCUGCUUGUCUGCAAUGGGGCCACUGAUAGCAGCUCGAGGAGUCGAUUCCCGGCAUCAGAUGAAGAACCAAUGAAUAUGUUAGGAGUUGUUCAGGCACGAAAGACGGCAGAGUUAUUGUUAGAUUGCAGGGUGGAUAAAAUCAUAUGCAGCCCGUUGGCGAGGGCUGUCCAGACCGCUCAGGCUAUUGCUGAGAUCCAAGAGGGCGCAGAUUGCCUGGGUGUGGAUUGUGUCCCACGCGACAUUGAGAUCGUGAAGCUGGACAACCUUCGGGACAUGGAUAUGGGAGGAUGGAAAGGUGCACUGGUGUCAGAGCAUGGAGCAGAGGGAGAACCUUGGCAGGAGAGGCUCCUAGAAGAUGGGAUGCCGCACAAUGGUGAGCCAAUCACUGAUCUAUGGAACCGAGUCUGGGAUGCUUGGCAGGGGGUGUUGCACCAUCUGGGAGAGGCGAGCUCGAGCAGUGCUAAUGACGUGACAGAAGUCGGUCCCAAAACCUUGGUGGUCGUAGGACAUGAAACUGUGCACUUGGGUAUGAUUGCUCGAUGCCUGAAGCUCUCCCCAACGGCAUUGAGUUUGUUCCACCUAGACACGGGAAGUGUGAGUGUCAUUGACUUCCCAGACGGUCCAACUGCAGAGGGAAUUGUGAGAUGCUUGAACUAUACAGCUCAUCUUGGACGCUGGGCUGUUCCCAUCACUCGCACGGCGGUAGGAGAUGAGGACUUCUGAUGAUUCUCAGAAAUGUGCAUGGCACGAUCCAUGCUGUACACAGCAUUGCCAUUCGUGUCUGACUUAUUCAUUCUCCUUUGGGUGCUUGUUUCAAGGUGGGUGCUCCAGCAGCAGUAGGUGAUGAGGACUUUGGAGGAUCUCAAAAGCAUCCAUGUGGUGAUCCAUGCUAUUUGCACUAUUAAAAUCAUUUAUCUGUCGCUUGGUACCUGCCUAAGGCUUGGUAAGUCGGUGCUCAUAGAGGUGGUGGGUCACUCCAUCUAUAGGAUCCACCCCUAGAAGACAACUUAUCUUUCGUUUGAAGAACGCCUGGUCAAUGCUUUGGUUGCUUAGUUGAAAAGAUGGUGUUUGUUGUCAAGAGUAAAUUAAAUGUCUAUGG